GAGGACUUUAGUGAGAGACAACUUUUAUGUCUUCUGUGUUUUUUUGACCCCGUGCAUGCACAAUCCGCCUUGCUGUGCUUUAAAGGAAUUACGUCUAAAGGAACGUCACGGCUCUUUUGCAGUUCACGUUGUUUUUGGGGGGUUUUACUUUUUGUGAUCAUCAGGAUAAAUUGUUAUUGUUUUGUUUUUAUUUUUAUUUCUUAAUUUCUGACUUGUACUUUACAAGCAGAGGCAACAAUAAUGUACUGGUAAACAUUUUAUUGCAGUUCAGGCAAAUUCAGGCACCUGCUCUGAGCAUAUUAGUAAUUUUCUUGUAGGAAUCUACUGCAUUGAGAAAUACAGCCCAAAACGAAAAAUAUAUAGUACAUUGUAGGUUAAUACCACUCUUUUAUUUCAAAGGGAGGGGGGGGGCAGAAGUUGUGUUUUUGUUUUAUUUUUUAUAUUUUAUAUUUUAUUCAUUUUAUGAUUUUUUAAAACUAUGAAGCAUUUGCAAUUUGUCCUGGUCCUGGCCAUCGCGGUCAACGUGUGGGAAUGUGGAGACGCAAAAUUCGGCGAGAGGGGAGAAAUAAGCCCCAGGAGGAGAAGAUGUUACGACGGGAGCUUGCCCAAGCGGCUGAAGAAAAGGGAGCGAAAAGUGUUGCUUGACGGCAGCAGCAGCGGAGAAGUUUGCCACAGGUUGUACCCCCGUGUGUCCUGCUGUCCCACCAGGAGAGCCGCCUAUCAGAUCCUGCACCGCAGGGAUGCCAGGAUUUUCUCCACCAACAACACCGAGUGUGGACUUCUCCUGGAGGAGAUCAAGUGUGCUCGCUGCUCCCCCAAUGCCCAGGUGUUGUUCCACUCCUUGGACAUGGAUAAGAUGCCACACAGGGAGCCAGACCUGCCGCGGCUCUGCCAGGACUUCUGCCGAGAGUUCUACUACACCUGCAGGGGGCACAUACCAGAACUGUUCCAGGCCGAUGUGGAUGAGUUCUGCCAAUACUAUGGGAGGAGAGAUGCAAGUCUGUGCUUUCCAGAUUUUCAACGAAAGCAACCACAAGGGCAAGAUUCCAACUACUUGGGAGAUGAGAAAAUAGAAGAUAUCAGCAGGAAACACAAACACAACUGCUACUGUGCCCAGGAGGUGUUGAGCGGUCUGACGCAGCCGGUGGCCGUGGGGCACUGUGGUGAUGGAUCCCAGCGGCUCUUUGUCCUGGAGAGGGAGGGAAUUGUCAGGAUACUCGACCAUGACCUGGAGCUAAUCAAGGAGCCCUUCCUGGACAUACACAAGCUGGUGCAGAACGGCCUGAAGGGUGGAGAUGAAAGGGGCCUGCUAAGCCUGGCAUUCCACCCCAAUUACAAGAAGAAUGGCAAGCUCUACGUCUCCUACACCACCAACCAAGAGCGCUGGGCCAUCGGACCACACGACCACAUUCUCCGUGUGGUUGAAUACACCGUUUCGAGGAAAAACCCGAACCAGGUGGACACCAGGACUGUGCGGAUGCUGAUGGAGGUGGCCGAGCUGCACAGGAAGCACCUUGGAGGUCAGCUUCUGUUCAGCCCUGAUGGUCUGUUGCACAUCGUCCUUGGAGAUGGCAUGAUCACCCUGGAUGAUAUGGAGGAGAUGGAUGGACUCAGUGAUUUCACAGGGUCCGUCCUGAGGGUAGAUGUGGACACAGACUGCUGUACUUCCCCUUACUCCAUACCGCGGAACAACCCGUACUUCAACAGCACCAACCAGCCACCUGAAAUAUUUGCUCAUGGAUUACAUGACCCAGGCAGAUGUGCAGUGGACCGGCUUCAGUCAGACAAUGGAAGCCUCCAGAUGCUCUGUACAGAUGCCAGUGGCAAAAACACAUCAGCAGGAAGAAUACUGGAGAUAACUCCGGGGAAAGAUUAUGAAAAUGAGCCUUCGGUCUAUGACUUGCAGUCCAGUGGAGGAGCUCCACCUGUGGGGGGAUUCAUCUACAGGGGCUGCCAGUCAAGAAGACUUUAUGGCAGCUAUGUGUUUGGAGACAAAAAUGGUAACCUGCGGAUCCUCCAGAAGUCCACCUUGUCAACAUCAGACAGCGGUGAGCAGUGGCAGGAAAAGGCUCUGUGUCUGGGCUCAGCUGGCUCCUGUGGGUCCAUGCUGGUGGGACACAUCUUGGGUUUUGGAGAGGAUGAACUAGGUGAAGUCUACAUACUGGCAAGCAGUAAAAGCAUGGCGCAGUCACACAGUGCAAAACUCUACAAGCUGGUAGACCCCAAAAGGCCUCUUGCCCCAAAGGAGUGCCAGCGUCAGGUGGAGCCUCCAGAGCUGCUGAUGACAGCUUGUUCCCGACACUGUAAGAACGGACACUGCACUCCGACCGGCAAGUGCUGCUGCAGCCCCGGCUGGGAGGGACCCUUCUGCAGAGUUGCCAAGUGUGAACCAGCCUGCCGUAACGGAGGAGUGUGUAUGGAGCCCAACAAGUGCCUGUGUAAGAGCGGCUACUCUGGGGACCAGUGUGAGAAGAGUGAGCGGGGUAUGCCCAACGACCAGGAGAAAGACGGCAUUCUGGACCACAUCAUCGACAUGACCUCGUACCUCCUGGACCUGACCAGCUACAUCGUAUAGGGGCGCAGAGGGGGGCCGCUCCCCGCUGUCAUCCCCCAGCUGACACAAAUCUACCUACCACCACCAGCAGACUCUAACGAGGUGUCCUUAACACGGCCUCUUAAUCUCCCUCACACCCACACAGGCAUGUACACACUCACAAAUACACACAGGAUCCCUGUCUGACUGCUUUUCAUCCUCAUUCUCAUCACCAAACCAAGCUCUUCCUCUUUCGCCUAUAAGCUACUUGCUCUUGAGCACCAGGCCUGGCAUCCAAGCCGUGUUCACACUUCGGAGGGACAGCAGAGGAGAUGAUUGAUACGCAUGGCCAAGUUAUGGAUGUUCCACUAGGGCAUUUCCUCUCUCGUUCAGAUAACGCUUGCAGGAACAGACGAUUUUAACCCAAGACUUUGGACCUUAAAGGGGCUAAUCUGUUGCCUUACUUAAGACCCAACAAUAAAUGGGGUUUGAGGCAUUUCAGCGGAGACAGUUGAUUGUUCAGGGGUACUUUAAGGAUUCAAAAUUGUAAGGAGCAGCGUGGCUCGCGAUCCAAUUUGUACUCAUGGUCCAUUCAAACCCAGCAGAAUAAAUGUCUUUACACGAGGACUUUGAAGGAACACUCCGAAGUCAAGGAAAGUCGUGGGUCACAUAGAGCCUGCAGUGCUAUCAUUUUCAAAAGGCUCUAAUACAAGAGAGAUGUCGUCUCACUUAUGAUGUUGUAUUUAGUUUGUGGGCACAUUGUCAUAAAAAGCUAUAACAGUAUACGUUGUGUAUACUUUGUUUUGCAACAGUCACUUGCUAUCAAUGUACAGAAUGGAUCUACGGCAGAGGACUGUCCCCUCCACAGGAACAGGAACGACAGAGUGAGAACGUUUUGUCAAAGCCAGUUUCAACAAUCUGAGUUUUUGGCUCCCAUGCACUGUAUUCAUUUUUGUUUCAUUCACUUUAUUAUUCAAAAUGAAUUAAAAACAUUUAUUAAAAGCGCAAUGAUAGUAGUUUAACAUUAACACUCUCUCACACACACACACACACACACACAGACACACACACACACACACACCACACUGUCACAGGUAUGGUUUAACAAACUCCUUACAUUGCGUCACACACUGAACCCGAACUCAAACUACAAAGGGAAGAGAUACAGUAGCGCGGUGAUGUAUAUUUCCAAUAGAGCUUACCUAAGUACUACUUAGCAUUGCAAAAAAAAAAAAAAAACUAUAGCAUUACUAUUGUUAUCAUAGAGGAGGGUUUAUUUUUUUAAGCGUAAUAAUAUAUGGGAGAGAACGGUGUUUAUAGAAAGCAGUUUUACACUAAGCUUGUCAGGUCAUGUCAUUUCAUGUUCUUGUACUUAUACAUAUGCAGCUUUUUCCUCUGUUCAGAAAGUCACGUAAACCUUUUUUUUUUUCCUUUUCUUUUUCCCCCCACUGUAAAAGUGAUGCGUGUCUGUGCCUGCAGAGAGUAAUUCGGAGCAGUUGCCUGAGUCCAUCCAAUUCUUAUCCCUGACGUGUGGUUUCAUUCCCACUGUCAGAAACGUGUCUCUGUUGUGAGAUGAUCAAACGUCUCGUCGGGCCACCGAGUCGCAGUCGGAGGCUGAUCCUAUCUGUAGAGAGCAGAUUUAAGAUUAACCUGAGGAUCUGUCUAAUGUCGCUUGAAGGUUACAAUAUAAUGACUCCUAUAUGUAGUUAAAAAACAGACUGGGAUUGUCUGGAGCCGCGUUUAUGUGUGCUCGGAUUCCAGAAGUUAAUACAGAUGCAGCAGACUCACAUGCAUGCUUAUAUUCUCUUAAACUAUCCUAUUAAGAAAUCAACAUUUGAUAUUUUGCCAUUUUAAUUCCAUAAAAGGAGUCAGAAACAGUCAUUGUGUUUAAUAUUUUAAAGGCAAACAGUUGCAGAUGUGCCCUCUCCCCAACUUUUAUUUUGAAAAACCAAGUUUCCAAGUAUCAUGGUUAAUUGAAGUUCAGUGUCGAUAAAAGAUGUAUUUGUUUUUUCAUCUCCUGCUUUGCUUGUGUUUGCUGAAAUAAAUCAACUCUACCUGGUCAAAAUGGAAUUCAUGCUGUAAAAUGGAAAAUUAUAAUUUUUUUUAGCACUUAAUGUGAAAGUUGCAUUGUAGCUGCUGAGACGGCGUGGUGUGAAUAGAAUAACCAUUUUCAUUAUUUAAGUAGUUACACAAAUAAAAUAAUUAUUUAAGUUCUAUGUUGUUUUUACCAUUGUACUGUAUGUGACCAUUUUUUUUAUUCCUGUAUUGUAAAUAAAACUAGGGAUAACUUUUUUUCUCUACAGAAAUAUCAAUAUGUCUAUUAAAAUUUAUAGCAUGUCAGAAA